AUGAACACCAUCGGAACAGAAACGGGCAAGAAACAAAAGGAUUCUAUCAGGCUAUUAACGUUCAACACCUGGGGCUUAAAAUUAGUUUCAAAACAUAGAAAGCAAAGGUUACAGGCAAUCGCCAAUAGGCUAGGUGACCCACAUGAUGCAAGCGAUGAUUAUGACAUUGUUGCCUUGCAAGAAGUUUGGUGCGAAGAAGAUUGGCAGUACUUGGAUCAUGUUUGUCGAGCAAAAUACCCGUUUAGACGAUUCUUCAAAUCUGGUAUAAUCAGUGGUCCUGGGUUAUGUGUUUUAUCAAAAAUUCCCAUCACAGAAACAUUUUUGUAUCGCUUCCCCAUCAAUGGACGUUCAUCAGCAUUUUUCCGAGGCGACUGGUAUGUUGGUAAAAGUAUCGCUGUUACUAUGUUCCAACCGCAUCAAGAGGGAAGCUUGCCUGUGGCUUUGCUAAAUAGCCAUAUGCAUGCACCUUAUGGUCACGGCGACGCAAGCUACUCCACCCAUAGGGCAUGCCAAGCGUGGGAUUUUGCCAAGAUAGUGAGGAUGUUGAAAAAAGCAGGGUAUGCUGUGAUUCAAGUUGGUGAUUUGAAUUCAAAGCCAGAGUCGUUACCGUACAAAAUCUUUACAAUUGAAGGCGGGUUAAGUGACUCAUGGAAUGUAUUGCAUAGAGAGAGGGUUACAACAAAUCAGCAGUUGAGCCAAUUGACUCCAGAGGAGCAGAUUUCUGUUGCAGGGGUGACAUGCAACUCGCGAUUGAACACUUGGAGAAAAGAACGGCCCAUGACCGACGCUUGUCGAUUGGACUAUGCAUUAAUAGAUGCGAAUUGUAUUACGCCCGUGGAUGCAAAAGUAAAAUUCACGGAAACUUUACCGCCGCCGUUACGGUGCUCAUUCUCCGACCAUUUUGCGUACUUUGCCGAGUUUAUUGUCAAACCAAGAGAGCUGUCUCCUAGUAAACUUGAGGAGGAACACUCAUUAACAGAUAGGGUAACCGUUUAUAAAGAGCUACUUGCUGAAAUUAGCCACUACAGGAAACACACUAUCCCAGUUCAAGCAAUGUGGAGAAAACUACACUUUAUGCUGUCUGUCCUAGUAGUAAUUGGAAUGCAUGUUGCUAUUGUGUUUGUUUCCAACGUUGCCGGUUGGAUAUCUGUCUUGUUUCUAUUUGCCACAUGUGCUAUUCUAAUAACUGGUUUGUUGAAUGGGUUGAUUUGGUCAUUGGGUGUCAGAUCCGAGCUGAGGGCACUUCAAGAGGUGCAAAUGGAAGUAGAAGACACAUAUGUUUAUAUCACAGAUCAUUUACAGAAAAAUUAA